CGACCAUAUAAAGUUCCCGAUACGCAUUUUUCAAUUUGUCAUCCAAGUUUGCCUGUCAAUUUUGCUGUACGUCUACCAUAAAUUCAAGAUGCCUGUAACACCCGAAGACCUUGUUCGUCUUUUGGCUCUUAUCGCGGGCGAAAGGAAUUAUCAGAUCUCGAAUAGCCAGCGCCUGAAAGGAGGAUUUCUAACAGGCAUUGGAGCGACUGUUGGUGGCGUGUGUGGCGGACCUGUUGGUCUGGUUGUGGGAGGUCUCGUGGGUGGAUCAUUAGCUGCUUGGAAAGGAAAGUCAACCACAGUACCAUUAGAUCAAUACUUGAUGGAUAUGGACAAAGAACAGAGGCAAGCGAUGUUUGCGUAUAUGAAUUACCUUGUAGAAGACAGCAACGUUCAAAAUUUUGUUGCCCUAAACGCGAAAGUUGCCACUGACCCCGAUUUAAAACGACGAUUUUUGGAUGUGCUGUUAUGUUAUUUGAAGGUAGAACUAAAGCUCAAUGUGAUCGGGUGAAUGAAGACAAUGAAGCAACAGAGCUUGUUGUCACUAGAACCAGGACAUGCUUGCAAUAGAGAAGGAACAAUGAAAUAAGGAAAAGAAAACUUUGAGGCCACGCUGAAAAAUUUAGCAAAUCUGGCGAGGGGAACUUGAAAACUUUUUCCCUUAAUUUAGAGCUAAUCACCAGUUCCAUUUUGCUUUAUUGUUUAGGCAAGUUUCAGAUAUGCAUUGUCAGCGGCCAGUGCUAAGAAAAUUCACAAAAAACCGUCAAUUAUUAUUCCUUAGUUUAGUCGAAUUAUGCAUAUUCAAGUUAUCGUCGCUCUCUAUUCAGGCUGCAGUUGUAACGAUUAACCUCUUAUUCAAAUUAGAAACAUUUUUGCCAAAAAUCUACAGUUUCCAUGGAGGGUUUUAGUCCGUUGAUUACAUUUUGAGAAAACAACAGAUCAAAGCGAUUUAAAUAGAAAAAUUAGUUUGGCGAAUUAAACAGAAUUUACAGAUGUAAUAAUCUUGUACAAAUGCAUUUUCCUUGACUGUGACAUCGAUCGAGGGAUUUAAAGCAUCCCGAAACAAGGAGGAGUCCGUUUCUUGAAAAUCAAAUAAUCAGCUCACUAGCACCCUCGUAUACGAUCAAAUUGGCAAAAAAUUAGCUUUCGGAAUACCUGUCAUUUUUUCUAUAAUUUCUCCUCCUCCUUUUUUCUUAUUUUUUUUUUUUCAGUGUUUUGAUUUGCGUUUUUCAGGCCAGCGGAGGCAAGUCACGUGUCAGGGAAGGAGCGCAUUUCUCGCUCUCUGCCCCUAAUUCAAAAAAGGAAAAACAAACAAAUUGAAACAUAAAUAGACAGAUGACUAUUUUAUAUGCUUUUUUGAAACGAUAUAGGAGGGGGAC